GCCCCGUCCUCAGUAGCCGCGGGCGCUGGGCGGCGGACGAGCGGCGCGGAGCGGGGAGCCGGGAGCCUGAGCCCCGGGGCUGCGGCCGCCCUGCCCUCCGUCCGUCCUGCGGGCUGCCAGAAAAAAGUAAAAUAAAAUGGAGCACAUGUUACUGCUAUUCCUAAUUUUCCUACCUAUAUUGGGUCUCAGUAAUGGAACAGAAACUGAACAAGAUUUUACUUGGCACUUAAAGAAGAUUCCCCAGAUUGUGAGAGAAAGAACUUUCUCCCUUGACAGCCCUAAAUUUGAAGCAAAAACCAAAUUAGAGCUGAACAGUGUAUGUGGAAUUGAAUGUCAAAGAAAACUGCCAGUGCCAAGCUUGUCUGACUUGAAGAGCCUCUUAUCCUAUGAGACUGUUUUCGAAAAUGGCACACGGACCCUGACUGAAGUGAAUGUCCUCGGAGCAGUGCCUGACCCAGCUGCAAACACAACCACACAAAGACCUCUGAGAAAGAAGAGGCAGAUCUAUGGCACAGACAGUAGGUUCAGCAUCUAUGACAAGAGGUUUAUGACCAACUUUCCAUUCAACACAGUUGUGAAGAUCUCCACGGGCUGCAGUGGCAUUCUCAUUUCCCCCAAGCAUGUGCUGACAGCAGCCCACUGCCUGCACAAUGGCAAGGAUUAUGUUAAGGGCAGCAAAAGACUGAGGGUGGGCCUGAUGAAGACAAAGUCCAGAGGCAAUGGCAGGAAACGCAAAGGUGCUAAGAGAAGUAGGAGAGAAAUUUCUGCGGCCAAAGAGGAUCCCAAAGCCACCACAGAAUUAAGGCAACGAUCCAAAGGUGAUGAGAGAAAGCAGCGGGGAUCUGGGAGGAAGCAAGGUACCUCAGAUGGCAUGCCCUCCUUCCAGUGGACCCGGGUGAAGAGCACUCACAUCCCAAAAGGCUGGUUUAAGGGUGUCUCUGGGGAUAUUGCACUGGAUUAUGAUUAUGCUGUUCUUGAGCUCAAGCGUCCCCACAAAAGGAAAUACAUGGAGCUGGGGAUCAGCCCAACAAUCAAAAUGAUGCCUGGGAGCAUGAUCCACUUCUCAGGUUUUGACAAUGAUCGGUCUGGGCAGCUGGUCUAUAGAUUUUGUAGCAUUUCUGAUGAGUCCAAUGAUCUGUUUUAUCAGUACUGUGAUGCUGAGCCUGGCUCCACAGGAUCUGGCAUCUAUCUCCGUCUGAAGGAGCCAAACAAAAAGAAGUGGAAACGCAAGAUCAUCGCUGUGUACUCAGGCCACCAGUGGGUGGACAUCAAUGGUGAACAGCAGGAUUACAAUGUAGCGGUACGAAUAACUCCUCUCAAAUAUGCCCAGAUUUGCUUCUGGAUACAUGGGAACGAUGAGAAUUGCACACAAGGCUGAAAAGAGCCGAGCCUCAGUUGCUGAGCACCCUCGCUGCCAUAGAGUGAAAGGCGGCUGCAACAGUGACUGGAAGAACAUCACUCCAUGCCAGAAUGUUCUUGAACUCAAAGCUGUCAAGUAGUGCUAUGGUGACUUAAGGAAUGCUGAAUUUAUAGGGGAACGGUAGAAUUGUCAGACAAACUAUUUCUAAUUGUAAUCAACCUAGAUAUGCACUUAAAAUCCCAAACUAUAUUUAUGUUUGCAAUUGUGAUAAAUUCAAGUCCUUAUUGAGGAAAAAAUUGGCUGCACCGGUUUAUCAUUUUUUUCCCCAAAGGAAGAGUUGAAACAUCUCAUACUGGUGUUAUUAAACAAUAUCUAUUUUUUUUCCAAUGGAUUUACUUUUCUCAGGGUUCUGUUCCAAUUUUCAAAUGCAAGUUGUGCAUAUAGCAUGUUCCUGUCUGUGCAGAAUGAUCCAGAGAACUGCAUGAGAACAAGGCUUUAUUCUGGCAUUCUCUAAAGACCACAGGUCCAUGCUGAGAAGCAGCACUAUAGUUAAUGAUUGUUAUUUUGGAAAACUUCCUCUUCUGGUUGCUGCAGGAACACUCCCAUGGAAAUUACAAAUUUAUGUAGCUGAGGGUUACACCUUAAAGAGAAAGUCACUUCAUUGCUCAGUAAAAACAGAAAAAAAUAAAUUAAAGUUUCUAUGUUUAGAAGAAGACACAUUUGGACAUAGUUCAAUGCCUUUAAACAUUCUUAGAGAAGCUAUAGAAAUCUUAAACACAUGCAUUUGCCUUCCAAUUAGUAUUUGGAGAGCUGUAGGUUUAGUUUCUAGUCAAAAGUUUAGCUUUACCACUGGGAGAAGUCACUGACUCCUGAAGUGGCUACUUGACAAUCAUUUGGAGCUUCAUAGAUGAAAUAUUUUCUGGGUGCUAAACAUUUCUUCCGUUUUUAUAAAUUACUUUUAUACGAGUUCAGCUUCAUAGAUAUGAUAGUAUGUAUUAGACUGGGAGUUGGAAAUCAAUAUUUUAGUUUGGCUUUAUACAGUUUGGCAAGGUGUGUAGUUUUAAUCAUGUUAUAUUCAGGCUCCACCUCAACAUGAUUCACAGGGUUAACUAAAAAAUUUCUCCCAACUAAAUUAUAGCACCUUCUGAGUGGUAGAACUAUCCUGUAUAUUAUAAAAGGUAUCUUCUUAGACAGCAGCAGUAGUUAGCAAAUAAUUUGGUACAAUAUGUUUGCAGAACCAUGUAUUUAAUGGAGACACAAACUGAGCUUGACUUUUACACAUUUAAACACAAACCACCUUCUUAAAAAAUGUUGUUGAUUACUAUUUUAUGCCAAGAUUUUGAAGUACAUAGAAUUUUUAUGGUGCUAUGUUAAUCUAAUAACAUAAAAAAUACUGUGCCUUUCUGAUAAUAUCCUUUCAGUUUCAAUACUUUCAGAUUAUUCACCACUGUAAUAUUUAAUUUUUUACCAUAAGUUUAUGCUGACCAAAAUACAUUUUCUUCCUAUGCAGGAGGAAAAAAAUACAAGAUUUUAAAAUAAUUUUUGUUUGUUGGAAUCUUUAAAACAUGCUUAUAUCUUUUGAUGAAAUAACAUGAUUUUAAAUAACCCUUUUUUUGGUAUAUGGUUGAAAGUAUACAACCUGACACAUUGAAUGUGCAGGCAACUUUGUCCUAUUAUUGCCAAAGCAUAAAAAUUUAAGACUUGCUUCCAUAUCAUAACCCUAACAAUACUUCAUUCAUUGGAAGAGAUCUGACUUUAAAGGAAAAUAUUUCUUUUAAUUUCAGCCUUUCCAAGGAACAUGCAACUUUUCUUCCUUUAUAAUGUUUUAAUUUUAUUUUGUGUAUUGUUUGCAGAAAACUAAUAAUAAUUUUUAAAGUUUAGAAAUAAAUCUCUAAGAUUUUAGGGUUAAUUAUUUUUUAUUGUUAUUAACGUCUCUAUUAACACAUGUGGCUUUGCUGACAGUAAUUUUAAAUCACCUCAGUCCUGUAUUUAAUACUCUCUAUGCAACAGAUUUAUAGUAUUUUUUAGUCAGGUCUGUAAUGUUUUUCUUAAGUGCCUUUUUCCAUAUUUACUGUGACAAAUAAGACACCACAUCAUUAAUCUAAUACAGGACAACCCAGGUCCAUAGAUAUAUUUACAAUUAUUAUCAUUGUUGAUUUGGGUCAAAAACUGAUCAAGAUAAGGGGGCUAGUAAAUUUCUUGUUUUAUUGAGUCUUGUUUAGGUGUGCUCCUAAAGAGCACACCUAAAGAAGAAAUAAAAUCUAUUUCUUUAUCACUUUGGGAAUUGGGAGCAAGGUAAGAAUGAAAAAUGUUUAAUGUCAGCUUCCAAAUGGUCUUGUUAUAAUAUUCAUCUGCUGUAAAUAUCUCAGCCACAAUCUGAAGUUUCCAUACCAGGUUGAUAUAAACUCUUUCUAUUCAGAGAAUAAAUACUAGAUGCUCAGUCUAGUAGACUUCAUUUUGUAGUACUAAGAGAUUAAAGAGGUUGGCCAGAGCAACAUAAAAAUUAAUUUAAAACAAAAAAACAAACCUCUGUGUCCAUGCACAAACACUUGCAAAUAUACAGGGUUGGAGAGCACGUCUUGUUUUGACUGAGUUUUGGUGUUGUCAGCACCUUUUUGGUGUUGUCUUCUACCUUCAUUCCUUCAGGGAAUGAAGGUAGAAGAAGACACAGACAAAAUGUUUUUCCUGUUGUCUUGGCAUGGUAGGCAUUUUUGUCUUCCACUUGGUCUAACAGAGAAAUAAAUGCUCUAUGUAGGCAUUGUGAUUACCUACUACAGGGACCUCUGGAAUAGUUCACAAAUCAAGUACUUACACGUAAUCCCAGGAAUUCAAUGUCCUGAAUAGAGCUCUGGGUACCCACCACUGCAAAUGGGACAAGAAUUUCUGAGUCAUCUCAGAUUUUCUUAAAAACUGUGGUUACCCACCACUGCAAAUGGGACAAGAAUUUCUGAGUCAUUUCAGAUUUUCUUAAAAACCUGUGGUUACUAUCUAAUUGCCAAUGAGAAAAUAUGAGGAGGAAUAUAUGAUCCCAGUAGAUCAGAUCUUGCUGUUGUCUAGGACACCAGCAGCAAGGCUGGGUUUCCAGCCCUUGUGAUGUUUACCUCAGGGAUUUUUCCUCUCUCAGGUACCAGGCUAUGCAUAACUUGUUCUCAUCAAUACUAAUUCUUUUCCAUAAGAGUUUGUAUUGUAGAUCUUUUUCUUUAACUGUAUUCCUGGUUUUAGGAAAAAAGCAACUUCAGGCAAAUCUCUUUUCUCUUAGAGGGCUACUGGAAUUUAUGAAGUCAACAAGUAAGUUUUUUUCAGGGCCAAAGAUAAACCUCAUAUGCAAGCCAUUAACACACCCAGACCAGCUUCUGCAAGGUAUUUGUGCAUGUGUUUAAUCUGAGGUCCUGAGACACACAGUGGAAGUCAACGGGGUUAUCUGCAGUGUGAAAAAUUAAGUCUAAGUUUGUAUUAACAAAAGAAAAGCACAACAUAAUGUAGGAAAAUUCUUUCUGUUAUAUCAGGUGUAGACUACCCAAUGUUAUAAUAAUUGCUUAAAGAAACUCCUUGGCUCCUUAAGAUUUACCAUCUUAAUUUUGCAGAUAUAUGUGUUGAUAUGGAGUAUGAAUCAGCAUGAACAUUGCUUAAAUAAAAAAAAAAAAACCAAACCAGAAACAUCUUAUCCACGUGAGGAGAGAAGCAGCUGGGGAGUUCUUUCUAUUCUGCUGAUAAGGGAUGACCUGGAAACAAAAAGCAAAUAAAACAGAAAGAAAGAACAAGAAGAUGGUAUGGAAGGCCAGGAAGAUGGAGAUGGUAUGCAAGGGAUAAAGAAAGUGUGCAAAGUAACAGAUAAAAUGGCUGCAAGGUAGCAGAGGCACCUAUUGUGAGAAAAAGUAGGCAGAUGGUAGACACUUAAUAGUAUGAAUUAAGAUGUGAAAUUCACAAGUUUCAUGAACAAUUUUUCACUUUUAAAGAUAAGGCUUUGCUUCCCAGCCAACAGCAACAGGGAAAGGGCUGUGAGUGGACUCAGGCUUUUGCAGGGACUGCUAGCAGGCAGGGGUUUUGACCCUUAUCUGCAGUCCGUGCCUGAAUUUGCAGGAAUUAUGCUUCUGUUCAUUCAGGGUUCUUGGAAAGCAGCAGAUCCAUGUUCUAACCAAAAAGCUUGGCAGUAUGAACCUCCCAGUACACUGGAUCACCAAGAAUGUAGUGAGUAAAGGGAAUUUCUCAAACCUGAUCUUUUUUUUUUUUGUAUUCCUGCAAAGGCUGUUCUCCACUGGGAAAAAAAUUAAACAAAAGAAUCUCAGACUUAAAGUGUUUAAAUGUUGGCUCCAUUUUUUGCAUGUAUCUAGAAAUUCUGGGCAAUUUUUUUUUUUCAAGUGUCUUGUGUUUGGCAUCUAUAGAAAUUUAAUAAACUGCUUCCAAUUUUAAAGCACAGAUUAUUGCAGAUAGUCCCAUCUACAAAAUUCUGACACAAUACUUUAGAAUAUUUUUAACUGUGCAAAAUGACAAGCCAUUUGAGAAAAUAAAUGCAAACCUUUGCUCUGUUAAGAUAUUAUAUGAUGCACUUAUUCUGUUAAUAAAUAUUUUCUGUUGUUUUUCUUUUC